AUGGCAGCAGAUUGGUCUCAGCUUCCACGUGAGCUUCUGCAACUAAUAUCACAAAAACUUAACAGGGAACUUUACCUCAUUCGCUCUCGUUCCGUCUGUUCUUGGUGGCGAUCUUCUAUCCCAAAUUACUAUCAAAAACACUAUUUACCCGUAAAGUUUGGACAACUCUCCUGCCAACUAUUCGGUUCCCACACCAACGUUGAUGCCAUUAGCUACCUCAUCAAACACGACAUUUUUCUCAUCAAACCACCAAAACACAAACAAACUCUCCACCAGUGCCCUUGGUUAAUCAGAAUUGGACCAAAUUUUGACGGCAAAACCCAACUCCUGUACCCUUUCUUAUUUAACUCCUACAAACCUUUACCAUCUUGUUUCAAUAAUGUUCUCGACUUCAACAAACUCUCUGUCAUCCAUCUUCGACAGAUGUCCUACAUCUAUUGCAGGUGUUGUUUAAAGUCAUAUGUUGCCACGUGUCAGGGGGAACAACCUCUAGUAUUUCUGACAACUGAUUUACAUGGGAAUCCUAUUAUGUUUCGUUGCGGGGACGACCGUUCAAAGACGAUCCCCAACAUGUCAGCCAACAUGUCAACCUUCCGUGGAAGAUAUGUUUGCUAUUUUAGAGGGAGGCCUUGUAUGGUAGACAAAACUGGUCGGACUGUUAUGAUUGAAUCAGACUUGAGCUAUCAUUUUAUAGCUGAGCCUGUGAUUGGCGGAGAAAGUAAAUUCUUGGUCGAGACUAGUGACUUUCAGUUGUUGCUAGUGGAUAUAUAUAAAAAUGAUGAUCGUGUUAUUGUAAGGAUUGAUGUGUUUAGGCUUGAUGAGAAGCAGAAAAAGUGGGUGAAGUUGACUAAUUUAGGAGAUUUGGUUUUGUUCUUGGAGAGUGAUUAUUCGUUCUCAGCAUGUGCUUCAGAUUUGGGUUUAGGGAGCGGCAAUUGUGUGAUCUAUAAUAAUGGUAUUACUCUAGAUUUCAAUAUGAGUGUUUUUCACUUGGAUCAGGGUCGGAUUUCCCCUCUGUCUGACUAUCCUGAUCAUUUGAAGAUGUUCGGGCCGCCUCCAGAGUGGAUCGCGGAGUUGCAUUCAUAA